AUGGCUUUUCUCACCCUUGUCCGCAAAAUCAAGCUCAAGGAGCGGGAAAUGCGGUUACUCUUAUUGUAUGCCUCGAUAUUAACAUCUAGGGGUCUUGAUGCGUCUGGAAAGUCUACUAUCCUUAACUCUCUCAUUCACGAGGAUCCACUUGACGUCUCGCCGACAUUGGGAUUCCAAAUCCGCACUGUGCCAUUUUUUGAUGACCAGUAG